AUGGAGGCGAAGAGCGCGAAAACGACGUCGACGACGACGCAGACGGGCGCGAGCGGGGCAGGGGCGACGCGAGGGAAGGGAAGGCGAAGCUGCGUGAAGGCGGCGCGCGGGCGCGGGACGGCGAAGCGACGCGGACCGCGCGUCGCGUUCGCGCGCGAGGUGUGCGAGGUGAUCGGACGCGCGGAUGCGGACGUCGAUCGAACGCCCAGGGGUGAACCGUCGAAGUGUUCGUCGUGUGGAUUGCACGUCGUCGGGUACUCGUUCGAGUGUUUGGCGUGCGCGGGGGCGGGCGCGGGGAACGACGGCGGCGCGUACGCGCUGUGCGCGAUGUGCUUUACGGCGCACGCGCACUUGACGGCGGCGCCGGAGUUGGCGCGAGCGCACGGGAUCACGUAUUUGAUUCACAAACACGCGCCGUCUGUGUUCGUCAGAGGCGGGGACGACGAUCAGAUGAUGCUCGAUGAGAUUUUGCGAGAUCGUCGCGAGCUCAUGGUCAACGGCGGCGCGCCGCCCGAGCGCGAAGCCUCGACCGGGGACCUCGAGCGGUGUUUUGAACGCGAGCGUCAGCCGAGCGCGGGGAGCGACGAAUCGGAGGAUGUUUUGCAGUAUUGUCCCGUGUGA